UUUCGAUUCUGAGGUCGACUUGCUAGGAAUCAGCUGUAUUCAGUAGUUUUCGUUUCCUUUUUAGACUAGCGAAUCGUCAAGAUGGGUCGAAUUUUCAUAGAGCAUAUGGGUGGACAUAGGAUUAUACACUGUCAGUAUUGUGAAACCCCACUGACAAAUAGGAGCGAGAUACUUAGCACUCGCUUUACAGGUGCUACUGGCCGCGCAUUCCUAUUCAAUCGUGUUGUUAACAUAGUUCACAGUGAUAUACAAGACCGUGUUAUGUUGACUGGGCGUCACUUAGUAAGAGAUGUUGUGUGCAUCAAGUGCAAUACCAAGUUGGGUUGGAUGUACGAACAUGCUAUGGAGGAGAGUCAACGAUACAAGGAGGGCAAGGUGAUAUUAGAAAGAGCUCUUAUAAUGGAAACAGAAGGUCUUGCCGACCCACUUGGAGAGGAGCAGUAAUCGUAUGACUGAUCUAGUUAUUGUGAUACGUUAUGUAUAUAUAUAUAUUAUCAUAUACCAUAUUACUCCUCAUUUGACGUUUACUUUCAUAGUUUUUCUUGAAUGGACAGACUUUUUUUGGUUAAACCUAUUAUUUUUACUUACUAUUCGAUUUGUAAGCACAAUCUUACAAUGACUGCUGAUUUACACUCAGUCUAUUCAUGUUACACCGUAUUCGUUACUUUGUGUAUUCAGAACCAGAAAAUAAACUAUAAAGUUUUAUAGUGUUUAACAAACCACAUUCUCAUUACAUUGGAGUCCCCAGCUUUAUUUCUUCCUAAAUUGCAUGGUCCGAUAAUCUUUGCUUGUUAUGUUUUUUGGUGUGGCUCUAAUUACUUGUAAAUCUAUAUGGUUUGGUACAGCAUGCGGGGCUCUAUUUACUCAUAAUCUGUUUAAGUAUGUUAGUAAUAUUACUAAAGUGGCUUGUUUGGUCCCCACAGUACUCUGUAAGGAGCUGGAUCUUGGAUUCGGAUUGGGAUUACUAACUUCUGUGUACCCAGUAAACAUAACUCAGUCUUAAUGCAAUCACUUUGGUGUUAGACAUAUGCACAUUACUCCACGUCAAAGUAAUCACACCUAUUACUUGUAAUGAUUUCCUUUGGCAGUCCUGAUUUGUUAUUCAUGUUUCACUUUUGGCUUAUCUAUGGCACUGAUUCCUAGUUGAUGAACAGGAAGUGUAGGUCUCUUGUGUCACUUAAUUCUUUUAGAAGGGCUUGCCUGUUAGACAUCGAAGUUAUACUACAUGAUGAAAUUUUUUACUCAUGAAUCGCUUAUAAAGAUCUGAGAUUGGAUAAAGCUAAGAAAAUCUGGGUAUAUAGCCAGGUUGUCCAAUAUAAAUGAUUUUAAUCUGUUCAGUGUGUUUCUAUGUACGCACAGGCUCAUAAAUAUUAACCGAAACUUCAUCUAUUAAAGUAUUGAAUUUGUAAGAUCAUUAGUAUGACAUCACAGAUCCCAUUAAAAACAAAAGCCACGUAUAACUAACUGGAUCACAGUACCUCGCACCACUUUU